UUUCUAAUAGUUCCCUAGCUAAAAGUCUACCUAGAUAAGUGAAAAUGGUUGCAAGAAUGUGUCGCCUAUGUUUAAGGCGAACGACGGAAGCGGUUCCUUUAUUUCGAGCUCGUAUUGGCGACAAACUGCUGACCGAAAUGAUUUGGGCUACAUUCAAAAUAGAGCUGAACAAAAGAGAUCCCUUACCAAAAGCAGUAUGCGACAAGUGCGUCAAAAAAAUUGAGUUUAUGCACAGUUUUCAGGAAGAAUUGACAAGGUGUCAGUUAUUGUUGUUAGAUUUGAAAAAUCAAGGAAAGAUUUCCGUACGUCAGUUAGCAUUCGCUGAUUUACCAUCCUAUUACAGCGAUGGUAUUCUCAAACUACAACAAGACCAGGACAAUGAAUCAACUCAAGAAGAUUUAGAAGAAUGUAAUUUGGAAAUCGAGCAUUUGGAACCGGAAAUGGACGUCGAUAAAAUCGAAAACGAAGAAGUUAUAGAAGAGCAGAUAAUAGAAGAGCAACUGAUUGGUAUCAAGAUUGAAACACUUGAAACUAGUGACCAAUUUAUAGUUGAGCAUUUGUCGGUGGAAGAUGAAAAUGGUGUAGAACUCCCGGCCGAACAGCUAAGUGAUGUAGAGGAAGAUUUUAAAGGUUUUGAAGAACCGAUACCAGUAAAGCUAGAAGUUGUUAAAUGUUUGAAUCCAGGAAAAAAGCUUCGAAAAUCUAAACGAUCAGUUCCCAGAUUCGAAAUAAUUGAAACCGUAGCAAAUAAGUGCUACAUUUGUGAAACUAUUUAUGAGAGCAAACUACACUUUGACAUUCAUUUAGUUAGUCAUAAAUUAAUGCUUCCAUAUCGUUGCGAGAAAUGUAGUACUGAAAUUUAUUCAAUAGAAAUCAAAACCUUGGUUCUGCUUAACAAACACUUCGAAUCACAUAACUUUAAUUAUACAUGUUCGUAUUGUCCACUGCGUUUCAGGUCAUAUCCACCGCUUUACGAUCACACUAGAAAUGCUCAUUGUCAGGAUAAUGAAGGGUUUACCUGUGAUAUUUGCGGACAGAAGUUCCUUGAAAUUAGAAAAUUUCGGAAACAUGCUCGAGCUCAUAGGGAUUGCGCAUUACAGAGAUACAAGUGUAAAUACUGUUCGAAAAACUUUAAGACUGGGACAAUUUUGCGACGUCAUGAACAGAUCCACGCUGAAGACCGGCCGUAUAAAUGUCCGUUUUGUAACCGAGGUUUUAACCACGAAACUAAUUAUAACCAGCAUAAAAUGCGCCAUAUUCAGCAGCAGUCUGAUGAAAUAACCGGUUAUAUGUGUGAAUUAUGUGAAAAUCAUUUCACGAACGCAUCCGACUUUCGCGUUCACAUGGCCGAGCAUUAUCCGGAUAACCCAUUGUAUGCUGUGAAGACAGAUAUUCUACCAAAGCAUUUGAAAGACUCUUCAAGCUAUCCAAGACCUUGCGAGGAGUUGAAUUGUCAAUAUGUAGCGCCAUCAUACCAGCUAAUGUGGUCGCAUUACCGUAAUCACUACAAAUCAUACAAAUGUCAAGAAUGCGAUCGAAUGUUUGCGACUGCUACCAUUCUACGUAGGCACAUUGAUGUGGUUCAUCGAAAAGUGCGCAAAUUCCAGUGCGAAUUCUGCCAAAAAACCUUCGCUUAUCAACACAAAUACAAAGAGCACGUAAAUAUGCAUAAGGGUAUUAAGUCGCGUCAAUGCCGUUACUGUGAGAAAACUUUUACCCAUUCCUCAAAUCUCAUGAUGCAUGAACGAAUUCAUACAAAAAUACGACCGCACAAAUGCGCAACAUGUAACUCAAGUUACGUUUCAACAUCAGCUCUAAAAAAACAUCAAAAAUCCCAUCUGCCAAAGCCGACGAAGUUGUUUAAAAGAUCACAGAUUAAAAAGGAAAAGGCAGUUACGAAAGCAAAUGAAAAGGAGGAGUACAUUGGAAUAGAUUUUAUCUAUGAUACUGAAUGUCAAGAAAAAGUGGAAAGUAACACAGCCGAUAUGGAAGAGGUUGUAAUCGAGAAGUUCGAAGUUUGAGUCCUUAGGUAAUUAGUUUUCAAUGAAGAAUAAAAAAUA